CGUGACGCAGGAGAGUUGCUUUACGGCUAACCCCCGCUUCCAUUGAGCGUGCGAGCUUGAGGCUUGUGGUUUGCACACGUGUGGCGCUGUCGGUGACUUGUUGGUUGGCGUGAUAGCGCCGCAGUGAAGAACGGAGUGGCAGCUUCGGCCUAGACUCGUGAGCUGAUGGAAUUUGCUGCGGGGAAGGAAGAGACUGCGGGAGGAGAUCCCCAGAGGGUAGCUGAGGGGGCGCGGCCGAGGCCGGAGCCUGAUGGGGAAGGAGCGAGGGAUUUAGGUGGGACCCCUGAGGCUGGCGCUGGAGAGGAGAGGAACGGACUGACAGGCAUUAAGAUCGCAGAGGAUGCGGAGGAGAUAAAGAUGGACUUAGCUGCGGUGAAGCAGGAAGUAGUGGACUGGUCCGAUGUAGACGGUGGCAGUUCGGACAGGCAUUGGGUAAAGCAGGAGGUGGAGGGCGCGCCUGAGGUGAAGGAUGAGAAGACGGGCGUGCUGGAGGUGAAGCAGGAGGAUGGUAGCCUGGUGGUGAAAGAAGAGAAGGUGGAGGAGCCGGAAAUAAAAGCAGAGAACGUGCAGGUGAAGGAGGAGGCGGACUGGGAAGCGGUGAAGGAGGAGGCGGACUCGAGCGUCAAACAGGAGUUGUUUGUUGAUGAGACCGUGAAGGAGGAGCAGGCGAUGGGUGGAGUGCAUGUGAAAGCAGAGGAUUGCCUCAAGAGAGAGGCCAUGGAGGACACGACGGUGAAGGAAGAGCGUCAGACGAACCCCCGAGUGGGCUGCAAGAGGAAAUUGGCUAUGUCAAGGUGUGAAACUUGUGGAACAGAGGAGGCGAAGUACAGAUGUCCACGCUGCAUGCGAUAUUCCUGCAGUUUGCCCUGUGUAAAGAAACACAAAGCAGAACUGACUUGUAAUGGAGUCCGAGAUAAAACCGCUUAUGUCUCGCUACAGCAGUUUACUGAGAUGAAUCUCCUAAGUGACUAUAGAUUCUUGGAAGAUGUGGCAAGAACAGCAGACCAGGUUUCAAGAGAUACUUUUUUGAAAAGACCGAAGCACAAGAAAUAUCUAUUCUUUAUGAAGAAUCGUGCCCGAAAGCAAGAUAUUUACUUGAGGCUUCUACCUAAUGGAUUCAGCAAGAGGAAAGAGAACUCAACAGUUUUUGACCAUAGGAAGCAGCAGUUUUGUUGGCAUGUAAAGCUUCAGUUUCCGCAGAGUCAAGCAGAGUAUAUAGAAAAAAGAGUACCAGAUAAUAAAACGAUUAAUGAAAUUCUAAAACCUUACAUCGAUCCUGAAAAGUCUGAUCCUGUGAUUCGUCAAAGAUUGAAAGCCUAUGUACAAUCACAGACCGGGAUCCAAAUUUUAAUGAGGGUUGAAAAUAUGCAGCAGAAUUUGAUAAGAUAUUAUGAGCUGGAUCCUUACAAAAGUCUUUUAGACAAUUUGAGGAACAAAGUGAUCAUUGAAUAUCCAACGUUCCACGUGGUGUUAAAGGGAUCGAGUGGUGACAUGCAGCUUCUCCACCAAGUGAAAAGUGAAUCUGCCCAGAAGCUUGGCAAUGGAAACUGAGCACUUGCGGAAGAAGGUGAAAGUUCCCAGAUGGUUGGGAAUGUGGUGUGUUGCUGGACUGCUGGGUGACUGCGGGUCAGUGCAGGGUUGGAAUUUGUUGUUAGUCUAAAAUGUAAUUAAACAAUAUAAUUUUCUUUUGGGGAAAAAGUGUAUUUUAUUACCUUUUGAUUUAAGUGACUUACAAA